AUGGCAACAUCACCAACUACUAGUUCCCCAAAAAAUCAACCCCUCGCAAGUUCUUAUAUAAAACCACAUAAAAAUUUUACGUUUUCUUUUGCUAAUGAAUCCAAUUCUUUUCAACAAGGAGUAUUGGGUGAUUCUGAUAGUUAUUUAGAAGGAAAUUUACAUUUAAGAUACACAAAACCUAAAUUAAUUAGAAGUGUAACUUUAGAUUUUAAAGGUUUUGAAAAAACUUCAUGGUAUAAAGCUCAAGCUAGAACCAAGGCGGUUUAUUCUGGUGACCAAAUUUUAGCAGAAAAAAGUGAAGUAAUUUGGGAUAAUUCAAGGGAACAAAGUGUUACAGAAUUAGAUAUUCCUUUUAAAAUCUUUCUUCCUUAUAAUUUACCUGAAACGGUUGUUACAGAAAUUGGUCAAGUUAAUUAUAUCCUUCGUGCUACAGUUAAUCAAAAAGGUUCAAUAAUUACUUCAUCAUCUCAAAUCGUUGAAAUACAAUGUCCACUUAAAAGAACUUUAAUGUUAGAUACAACAAAUGUUUCAACUUUUAAAUUACGUGGUGAAUCAAGAAGUGGAAUUGAUUACACUUUCACUUUACCUCCCAAUAAAAAUUUUAAUUUGGGAACGUAUGUAUCAAUUCCCAUGAGAAUAAGAUUUUUACGUCCAGGAGUUAGUGUUGAAAGAAUUGAAAUUGCAUUAAAAACAUGUAUGGAUUUUAGAUGUUCUAAUCCUAAUGAAACGCGACAUCUUAAAGAAACAUCAGCGACAUUAAUUGUGCCUAGACAAGAAAUUGUUUAUUUACAAUCAAAUUCACCACAUUAUGAAGGUGAAUGCAUUCAUACAAUUAAUUUAUUUGUUCCUCGAAGUGUUCAACCAACAUAUUCUGGUCGUUUUAUAAGUAUUACACAUCAAUUUUGUAUAAAAUUUUGUUUAUGGGGAGCAGAUAAAGAUUUUCAAGUAGAAGAAAACGUUUAUCAACGUCAUCAUCUUCAAAUUCGAUGCUGGAAACUCUACCAUCAUUUCCUUAUGAUGGAGAGUUAUUUGAUGGCAAAUAUUUACCAUCAACACCAACAACAACUUUUAUAUCAAAAUAAAAGUCCUAUAUAUAUAGCUCCAAAAUCUCCACCUAUGACUCCAACUCCUCCUCUUUCGAUGGUUAAUAUGUACAAGGAAAUGUUACCUGGAUCUACUACUCCUACUUCUUCUGCUGCUUCAAUUAAUUCCACUACCGCGACUGACCGUUCUUCUUCUCAGAAUUCUUCCAAAUUACCUCCUUACGAACGAUCUCAUCUGAUGACUUUGGAAAGAUCUAUUACUCCAACAACCUCAACAACAAUAUAG